UGUCUCUCCACCAUAACAGUAGAGUGUUGAAAGGUAAUAUCCCUCAGUCAAAAUGAGAGUUAACUGAAUACACUUAAUUUAGUGCCAGUCGAACCUUAAUGGUAGCCCUUCUGAAUCUUGUUAUUCAUUUAAUCCUAAUUGUCCUUAUUGCUGAAGGAAUAUUUUUUCCUUCGCUGUUCUGUAGAUUGUGGGGCUUAUUAUGACUGCUGUUAUUCCGCACAAUGGCUAUUGACAGGGGGGGUGGGGGUGGGGACAAGGACAGUUAAGUCAAGAGUACAACAAUUCUGGCAAGUGUGACAGUUCCCCAGACAGAAACUCCACCGGUGAUGCAAUGUCUGAAACCUCUUACGUUAAUGAGCCCAAGAGUAUGAUGAGAACAAUUAAGAGGAAACUGGUUCAGAAGGCUGGGGAGAUGGGAAUGAGGCCACAGACUAGAUCGUUUUUACAGGUUGUGUGUUUUUAAAGUGCUUUUAUAUAUCCUCGUCGGCGUACUGCCCGUGUUUGUACCGGUGCCUUCUGUGCGUCAAGCGAAAGGUGAUUCCUGCUAUCUGCUUCAAGAACUCUCGGAAAGAGUGGACAGUAUCUAGGAAGGGAUGUGUGUGUUCAUCAAUACCAAAAAUAAGACCAAUUAGGUACAAAAGUGUAUGGACAAUGACUUCUUAUAUUUUAUUCUGUAGGGCAUAUAAUUGGUGGUGGUGGGGGCUGGAUUUCCUUCACCAAUGGAGAGGUGGAGAGUGAAAGUAUAGAAUAGGGGGAUUGAGAGAAACAAAGGAAAGAUGCUGGGACAAGGAAGUGUCAUUUGCUGUCACAGGGGACUGUAAUAUUUUAGGACAUUAUAAUUAACAUUUCUUCUAUAUUUUAAUCAUCAUCAAAGUAGGAGGGAUUUUUUUCAGGGAGUGAGGCUGUUUUAUUCAGAUUUGAAGGAAGAGUGGACCGAGCCAAGGAAGACUAGGAACAUAUGUGGAGGAUUGGUGGACUUUUGGAUGGUUCUCCCUCUAAGCUUGUAUUUGGCUUAUUUUUCUCCUUGAAGAUUUCCAGUGUCUUUUAAUAGGGAUAACUUGUUUAUUUAAAGUGGAAUAAGCAUAUAUAUUUUACUAAUAAUUCCAUCUGCUCAGUUUAUAGAGCAACUUUUAUUUAAUUUUGAAGAUCAUCAAUUGUGAGUAUGUUCCACUCACUAAAGCAAGUUAAAUGUUGAUGUAUGCUCAUUGCUUGUUGUUAUCGACGUUUGAACUUUAGCAUCAAGGUGAUUUCAUGAGUAGUUGAGCUCUCCACCACCAGCAGAUAGACUGACGCACAACAGUCUUCACAGGUGAGAAAGGAGGUUUGCAAGCGUGAGGAAGACUGCAGAAGGAGAGGUAGCAGCUGAAGACGAGCCAAGGUUUUUAGCAACUGAUGUACUGAGCAACUGAACAGGGACAGGGAAGAGUGUCUUUGAAAGAGAGACAGGGAAAGACCACGAAACCAGAAGGAUGAGCGUCAGGUGGGAAACUGAGGGCUUGCAGACGGUGGGAAUUGUCUGCCUGGUCUUCAUGUUCCUCAAACUGAUGCACCUGCUGGGGCUCAUCGACAUCACAGAGACAGACAGCAGUGACAGUGACCUGGAGCUCUCCACGGUGCGCCACCAGCCGGAAGGACUGGAGCAGCUGCAGGCCCAGACCAAGUUCACCAAGAAGGAGUUGCAGUCCCUCUACAGGGGCUUCAAGAACGAAUGCCCCAGUGGCCUGGUGGAUGAGGAGACAUUCAAGACCAUCUAUUCUCAGUUCUUUCCCCAAGGAGAUGCCACUACUUAUGCCCACUUCCUGUUUAAUGCGUUUGACGUUGACAGAAAUGGGUCCAUUCGCUUUGAGGAUUUUGUGAUUGGGCUGUCGGUGCUUUUGAGGGGGUCCGUGACGGAGAAGCUAAACUGGGCUUUUAACCUUUAUGACAUUAACAAAGAUGGCUACAUCACCAAAGAGGAGAUGCUAGCCAUCAUGAAGUCCAUAUACGAUAUGAUGGGCAGAUACACCUAUCCGAUGGUGCGGGAUGAUGCCCCGUCUGAGCAUGUGGAGAAGUUCUUCCAGAAAAUGGACCGUAACCGGGACGGCGUGGUGACCAUCGAUGAGUUCAUUGAAACGUGCCAGAAGGAUGAGAAUAUAAUGAGCUCAAUGCAACUCUUUGAGAAUGUUAUAUAGGACCAAAUGGAUGACCUGGCUGGACUCCCCCACCCUCAUGCUCAUAAGCCCCCUCACCACCAUUCUAAAACCUGUCUCAUUCUCCCUAACACGGGACACUGAACUUUCCAAGGACCGCACAAAAGGUGACAAAAGGUUUUAUAAAUAAAAUAUGUAGCUAUCAGAAGCAGUCGACGUACGUGCAACAAUCUCCUGCUCAAAACGAAAACGAAAAAACAGCACUUUGACUUUUCAUCGCAUGGAAAUUAUUUGCUUGAAAAGGUGAAUGAAACAGAAGACAGAGACCGAAUGCUUGCUGCUUCAGAUUAAUGUUUUUCAUGUUUUUAUUAAGGACUCUGGAAAAGAAACCUUUUUCCUUGGAUACCACUGCGAAUAUUAGUAAAUAAGAAGGACAGCUGACGAAUGAAAUUCUAGUCCUCGCUCCAGAACAGGGUUCUUUAGUAAAACAAAGCUUCCACAUUUCUCUGCCCUGGAGAAGAGGACCAUAUUACAAAUAAAAAAGGAAAUUCCAAUUACCAGUGGCUCUUGGAAGACAUGAGACUUGAAGAAUCUGUUGCUUAUUCGAACCCAUGAUAUGAAAGCAGAGGAAUUAAGACUGACGACCUUUCUGGUUAUCUGGUCUUUUGUCUGAACUCCUUUCUGUGUGGUGUUUGUUUGCACUAACAAAUGGCUGAAUGUUGGUGUUUUCCCUGUAUGCCAGGUUGAUAGCAACUCCAACAUGCUGGUGGGGACCAGAGGUAAAUGUAGGCAUUUGUAGAUAACCAUGCAGUUGUAGCGUAGAAAUCACACUGUGGUAGGUUAUGAAGAAGCACUAUGAGUGUGAUGCCGUAUUAUCUUGGAUUGUGGCUUGGCCCAGGGAUGUGGAAACUUACCCGGAGAGCUAGCUCCUCUAUUACCCGACUGGUUGGGUUCUCGCAAGAUCCAGGAACGUGCCUAGGGGGUUUUGUGAUUGUGUGGCCAUGUGACAAACAUUCACCCUAGUAAAAUAGCUUUCUGUGGUUCGGAGGAAAUCUCUGAGUCAUUGUCUCAGGCUGUCUUAGAGCUUACCUCAUCUGAGAUCCAAUGCUAAGUGUUUCAUCCUGGUCUUGACAUCAUGGCCGACCUUCUGGAUUCAGUUCAGCCAUCAGCCUAAACUCACCUGUUGUUCACCAUUUGCUGUGCAUGUGCAUUUAUCAAUGGAGUACUCCAGUUUCUGCAGCGACCCUGCUUGGCCUGCUAGUGACAAUGCAACAAGUCAUGGCAAUCACCUUCUAGAAAAUCUUGAAACUGCAGAGGCAGUUUUCUGGCACAUGGAAAAAAGCAGAAAUCUUUCACAAACACAAUAACAAAAACCAUAGUACCUACACACAUACAUAAAAAAAUAUUGAUUCACUUUGUUUCUUUUUAUCAGGCUUAUUGUAUCGUUGUAACACCAAAAUGGAUUGUUCAGUGCUUUUAUUGACUCACAGCAGAUAAUCCUUAAAGAUGGCGUUUCUGGUGGCCAGGGAAGGGGAAUGGACUAGAUUACAAGCUGACUUCUGCAUUAACUCUGGAGCAGGGGGAUUACCUGAAGGUUCAGCAGACUCCCAGCAUACCCUGAUGCUGGUUGGAGAUGCGUGACACAGUAAUCCCCUGGCUCACAGGUUCUCACAGGCUCUGUUGAGCUGCUCUAAAUAGACACCAGACAGGCACUCCCUAUACCCACACGGAGUAUUUCACCUACUUCAAAGACCUUUGCCCUUAUGCUCCCAGAAUCAGUUUGGAAGCUACAUGGUUCUUCCACAUCCAGUCUGCUCCAUCGUGCCUGAUUUUCGCUGACGUGCAGAGUCAAGUUGUGGCAGCAAAUUUAAUUCCCAGGUUAUUGGCUUGAAAAGUGUUUUUUGUUUUUCCUUAGACAGCACUAACAUUUUGCUGCAAGGCUACAUCUACUCACAAAAGAGCCCUGUAGCUUAAUUUUAUUGGCAUGUUCUUCCUUAGUCCUAGUUGGUUACAUCCAGCAAAAGUUUUGCAUGGGCUGCUAAAGCUUAUAUCACUCAAGAAGGAAACAAUCAGACUACAUACUGUAAUAAAUACCCAAGUAAUGUCCUCACCCUCAAUUACAGACACCUACAUUUACAAAUGAAGUAAGCAGCCUCACCUUGUCUUAUUGCACAAGAAAUUAUGGUGGGUUUGAUGCUACUAUUAUGUCUCUGUGCAAGUCAGGGCCAGGAAAUAACAAGCAGUGGUAACAAGCGCAUGACCUCCUUCUGUUUUGCUGGCAGCUUACCGCUCGUUCCGUUAGCUUAGCGGUGCAGCGAGCUUAUCGGCAGCUGCCCAGACAAAACAUGUAUUACACACUGGACUGGCUUGGGAGCCUGCAGGAAGCCCUAAAUCAGGCCCACAUCAGCGCUGCAUGAGGACAUGUGCAAAUAGCAAUUUUGGCAUGAAACUCAUUUUUGUAUUUCCCUUGCUUAAGGGAAGUGAAGAAAACAACAAAAUUAAGGCAACAUAAUGCAAACAAUUAUAUAUUGAUGAUACAAAACAAAGAACAACAGUGUAUUUAUCCUAAAAGUGGGCAGUAAUUAAGGAAAAUAGAAAGUACGGGAUAGAGAUUUUAUAGUAUAUGAAUGGAAGAUGAAGUAAAUUAAAAAUAGUUUUCCCUCUCUUUGAAUCAUUAACAUGCUGUCUUGCUAAUGGCACACUUAUUCGUUUCGGUAACAGAAGGAGAAAGCUCUGUGCAAACUGUGUGUACUUCAGUACCAUUGCUGUCCAUUGCUCCCUGUGUUUGUCUAAUCUCCACACUCUCAGGGAAGGAUCCAUCAUCUCCAUAAACUGCAGAGACAUCUGCCAGAAUGACUUUGAGCAACACGCUUAAGCUAUUUCUGUCCAAGUGUAUAAAAAAAAAAACACUUUCUGUAAUGUUGUUUGGUUCAUCAUCGUAAGGGAGCACCUGAUCUCCUUCUGGUGUUUAAUCACUGCUGAAGAUAUCUGCUGUUUAUGAUCAGGAACUGCUGGAUGACUGCUGUAGAGCUUCCUGUUUGAGAUUUAAUCCCAAGGUGCCUCUUCCCAAGCAGGUGAAGAUGCCCUGCUACCUUGUCAGGUGUUUGACUUACAAUGGUUUGGUUUUGCAAUAGCAUGUGAUUCUGGUAAUGAGUUCCAAAAAUCCUUAUUUGUUUACCUUAUAUAUUUUCUAUCAUUAAUAUCAUUAUCAUUAAUAAACAUGCAAAUUUUUGUACUUUGUAGGCUAACAUUAGUUUUUCCCUCUGUCAUCUCCAACAGCAUCCACCCAUCUAACUCUAAUCCUUGGACCAAAUUAAAAAAUUAAAUAAAACUGUUGGUUUAGAAUUUAGCACAUUUCCUAUAUAAAAAGCACACUAUGUUGUACAUACAUAGGAGUUCAAUUCUGUGUCUUUAGGACAAUAGCAAUGGUUACGUCAAGCACAGCUGUAAAAGUCUAUUCUGAGGGUUGUUUAAAUAACAAUUUACCUCCACUAAAUUAAUGCCAAUCUACCUUUUUCCGCUGUUGUAUUUCCCAGGUUUUUGAGUUUCCUGGUGGCAUUGGCAGAUUAUAGAGUUGGUGCAGCAAAAGUUUCAUCACAUUUUCAUAAAAUUUGUUUUGCUAGUUACAUUUAUAGAAGUCAUUCCUUGUUCUAUAAUUUGCAGCAUUUAAAAAUGUUUUAUUAAUUCCUGAUUGAAAUUUGAUCGCACUGUUUUUUUUUCAUCUGUGGGAACACAGUCUCUCUAGAAAAAAAAAACUUUUCAGCAUAUUUCGGAACAUUCAUCUUGACAAACCAUCAGAGCACGGCUGUGUGAAUCACAGUAUUACUGCUGCAGCACAGAAGAGCAGACAAGCUGAAGCAGGUCAGCAUUAAAUCUGCUCAUUUUCUAGCUUCUGUAAGGAAUUAAUUACAACUUUCAUGGUACAUCUGCCUUCUGGCACAUACCACCCAAGCACCAAAAACUCUACCAAGUACAGUAUCCUCAGUAAAGUCAUUAUUAUAAAACAAAGACCUUUAUUUCAAAUGAGAAGACUAAUCAGAAACCUCAAAAGAAAUACGUUGUCAAACUUUAUCUGUAUCUUUAAAAGUUUAAUUGUUUACAAAGUAAUUAAGAAUUGAAUUUCCUGGGGGAAUUAAAUGCAGUGACCACACAUCUUAAUGUAUGAUGUUGCACAUUUGGACUGUGUAUAGUUGAAGAUAAAGUUAAAUACUACUCUGAGCUUUGUAUAAUAAAAGACUGUACAUUAAAAGCACUAAAUAUUUUAUCUACAAUUUAUUUCCUUCAGCUAAAUACAUAGCUUGUCAGUAGCUGUAAUGUUGGGUUUGAACUGUUUGCUAUUGCCCCUUCCUAUAUAUCCUGUUUGUUCUGCAUGAUACUGCUUUAGUUACCAAUAAAUCAUUUUAUUUGUGAUUGUA